UGAUAUGAGGUAUGGGGGUGACCAGGAUGCUGGUAUGGGGUAUGGAGGUGAUCAGGACACUGGUAUGGGGUAUGGGGGGGUGAUCAGGACGCUGGUAUGGGGUAUGGAGGUGAUCAGGACGCUGGUAUGGGGUAUGGAGGUGAUCAGGACGCUGGUAUGGGGUAUGGCGGUGAUCAGGACGCUGGUAUGGGGUAUGGAGGUGAUCAGGACGCUGGGUAUGGGGUAUGGAUGGGGGUGAUCAGGACGCGCUGGUAUGGCGGUGAUCAGGACGCUGAUAUGGGGUAUGGCGGUGAUCAGGACGCUGGUAUGGGGUAUGGAGGUGAUCAGGACGCUGGUAUGGGGUAUGGCGGUGAUCAGGACGCUGUAUGGGGUAUGGGGGUGAUCAGGACGCUGGUAUGGGGUAUGGCGGUGAUCAGGACGCUGGUAUGGGUAUGGGGGUGAUCAGGACGCUGGUAUGGGGUAUGGCGGUGAUCAGGACGCUGGUAUGGGGUAUGGCGGUGAUCAGGACGCUGGUAUGGGGUAUGGAGGUGAUCAGGACGCUGGUAUGGGGUAUGGCGGUGAUCAGGACGCUGGGUAUGGGGUAUGGCGGUGAUCAGGACGCUGGUAUGGGGUAUGGCGGUGAUCAGGGUGCUGGUAUGGGGUGAUCAGGACGCUGGUAUGG